CCCUGACCCCCCUCAGACUGCUGCAGCUCCCCCCCAGCAGCGGAGACAUGGACGGGUUCCGGCUGCCGCCCGUCAUCGAGGAGGUUCUGGACUCAUCAGAGGAGCUGAGUGAGCUGAAGGAGGAGAGGGAGAAGGAGAAGGAGCCCAUCAUGCUGGGAGACACCCUGACCGCCAAGGAGAGGCUGUCCCUGGAGGACAAGGAGGAGCCGGCGGCCGAGGCGGAGAAAGGCCAGCAGCAGGAGGAGGAGAAGGAGGUGAAGGAGGACAGGUCCGAGGAGGAGGAGCUGGAGGAGCUGAGGGUCCAGGUGGUGCAGCUGCUGGAGGAGCUGGAGGAGGCCAGGGAGGUCUCCCAGAGACACGAGGACAGCUUCAUGGAGCUGCAGGGCCUCCUGGAGGAGGAGCGCCUGGCCUCCGCACACCAAGCCGAGAGCUUCACCCGCCAGAUCCAGAGGCUGCAAGCCCAGCUGCGCUCGGUGCAGGAGGAGCUGGACAGCCUGGAGGAGGAGAAGGAGAGCGAGCUGGAGGAGGCGCAGCAGGAGCUGCGCUCGGCGCAGGAGGAGGUGCUGGUGCUGCAGCAGGCGGCGGAGGAGGCGGCGGCCGAGCGGGAGAACGACAUCGCCUCGCUGCAGGAGGAGCUGUGCCGCCUGAGGGCGGAGCUCCAGCGGCUGCACGCCACCACGGCCGAGUACGAGCUGGAGGCGACCACGCUGAGGGCCGAGAUCCGCAUGAAGAGCCACGGCGCCGCGAUGCCAGGGGAGGCGACUCACCUGGAGGAGGAGCUGAGCUCGCUGACGGACGAGCGUCUCAGCCUCGCCGCCGACAACCGGCAGCUCAGCAGCAGGGUGGAGCGACUGCAGCAGCAGCGAGACACCUCUGACGACGUGUACCUGGCAGUCACGGCGCAGGGCGACGCUCCGCAGGACCCGCAGGUGAAGGCGGACCCCUACAUCAGUCUGUACCAGUCUGGACCCGAGGCGCCGGAGCGGCGGGACGAGUCCAGCAAGGAGGUCCAGGUCCUGAAGGUCCAGCUGAGACAGGCUGAGGAGACGGCACACGAAGUCCAGGUCCAGUGUGACGGUCUGAAAGGCGAGCUGGCCGCGCUGCAGCAGCUGUACGACGGCAGUCAGCGGGAGCGAGCGGCGCUGGAGGACGAGCUGCAGCGCUGCAAGGCGGAGCUGCAGAGGCUGGCGGCGCGGAAGGCUCAGCAGAGCGACGCCGAGGGCUGGAACCUGGCGGUGGCGGCGGUCGCCGUGGCGGCCAUCGCAGUUCUGGUCGUCCCCAGCUUCACCCGGGCCUGAGGACGACGCGGCGACCUCACGGUUAAACUUCCACCGUCACCGCCAAGAGUCCACAGCUCAGGCCAAACAGGAAGGCUGAAAACCAGCCGGAGGAGGAGGGAAGGUUUGUUCAGACCUCCGCCUGGAUUUUACCUC